AUGGCUUCUUUUCUGAGACUCAAGCUCCUCUAUGCGCUUCUUCUUGCAGCCGCCUGUUCCGCGGGAACUUACAUGUCCAUCUUCUUGACCAAGGUCUUGCUUGUUUCUCCGGCGGAAAUUGGAAUAUUAUUUUCGGUGGAUGAUCUCGACGUCGAUACAGCCAUUGCCUUGAAGGAGAUGGAACCCGGUGAUGUCGACACAGCUGUUCCCUCGAGAGAGAUCGAACUGGAUGACGAUGACAUAUCGCUGCCGAAGUAUCGCUCAUAUCUAUCCAGUUUUGCCUCGAUCAUGCUCCAAUUGAUUGGGAAUCCUCAGUUCCUAUUUUUCUUGUUCGUCGUGCUGUCAAUUGCGGUUCGUCACAGUGUUCCAAGUUCGAAUUCAGAUAUUCACAACCGUCGUGAUACGAUUGAUCCAACCUUAAUAUUUUCACUAGAAUAUCUCAACGCUAGUGGAACCCUACUGGGUUUAAGUCAAGCGAUGGGGGUUUCAUUGGAAAUUAAUAAGCUUAUAUGGAUUUCUCGGGAAGAAACUGGAUCCAUGGAUGGCUCUGCCCAUAGAGAUGGGCGUUCUGUUUGCGCUGGUGUGGCCCGCCGGGGUUGA